ACAAAAAACUGUCUCACUUUGGUGAGCAAGCAGAAGAAGUUAAAAAUGAUUGAUUUUGGAAUGUAGACGUUAACUUUGAUGUGACUUUGACAUCACCGCGCCAUCUCAAAGAUAUUCAUUCAGAGAGCAGAAGCAAUUUUCUGCGCACUCCAUCAUGUCAUCUGCGGAGGAAAACUCGUGUGAGGAAGAGUUGAGAGAAAUCCAGCAAAGAUUUGAAACAGAAGGCUUGGACUGGGAAGGCUUGGGCACCGGAGAGAAACACCUGCACUUAUGGCGUUGGCUGCAGGACGCUGAGAGCAACCUUAGGAGCUCUCGCCGCAUGCUGGACAAGUUGAGAGAGGUGCAGCAUGAGGAGCUGGAAGAAAUGGAAGGGUACGUCUCGCACGUCCGUCAGCUGGCUGACACAAGGGCAGCACACCUCGAGUCUGAAGUUAUGACCCUUCGAUCAAGGCUGGAGGUGCAACAGAGGCAGGCAGUGACCCUUGCUAACUUGUUGCAACGCAGUGGAUUGGAGUCAACCACACUUCCCGAUGAAGCAGUUCCUGGAGACGACAAUUGGGUGGGAGAACAGGUUGCAUUACUUAUCGCAGACCGUGCCAAAUUAAUUGAAGAAAUUGAAGUUUUGCGCAAACUCAAGUUUUCCGACGGAUUGAACGGAAUGAACAAAGAGGGGGAGCUCCUGUCUGAAAUCAUCAAGGUUUCCUCCGAAAAAGAAGUGCUGAAGCGCGAGGUGUCAGAAAUGUGCGAGAGAGUGCAGCUGCUCGAGAAAGCCUCCAGACAGCUAGAGCUGGACAAUGAAAGGCUUGCUUACAAGCUUUCUGAAGCUUUAGCUGAGCUAGAAGAGCGAGAAACCCAGUUGCGACAAAUGGGCCCCUUUGGCGAUAAGAAUGCCGUCUGGCCUCGUCACAAACGGCUGACGUCAGCUGAUGACCUGCUCUCAUCUGGCUCUCCCAGUCCAACUGAGGAAGGAGGUGAGGAGGACACCGCUCUGCCUAGCAGCAAAGAUCCCAUUAUUGUCGAAAACAAGCGGGAUGGAAUUAAAGAGAAAGAGCCCAAAGAAAAGGAAAUAAGCCCCAAAGAAAGUCCGAAAUUGUCUGCCUUGGUAGCAGAGAGUCCUAGACUGUCAAUGCUUAGAAAACUGGAAAUUGUCGGAGAUGCCAAAUCUGAUUUCAAUAUUGGAGGCUGUGUUCCAUCUCCAAGAAGAUACGCUGCCUUGCUUGAAAGGACGGACAUAGGUCGUUUGGAAGAAAUGCACAAACUGCUGUCUGAGCAAGAAAAACUGAGAGGCCAAGUUGGGCUUCUCUCGGAAAAAUACAACUCUUUAGCCAUGCGUCAUCUGCAGUACAAAUCAAAAAGGAAGUCUCAAGUUGAAGACUUGAGAGCUCGAUUGGACGUUGAAUUGAGCUCACUUCAAAGUGAAGUGGAUGCUCUGCAAGCCAGAUUAGCCAUGCAAAAGAAAACUUUACGAAGUGAAGAAGCGUUUCGUAGACGAGUCGAAGCCGAUUACAGACGUUUGCAGGACGACAAAAGGAAACUGGUUGUGAACAUGAUGGCGUCAGAAAAUACUUCCAGAGAUAAAGAACAAGAAGUUACUCUAUUAAACAAGAAAAUUGGAAUGCUUGAAAGGGCAAAUUCAGAGCUUUUAAGUCGAGUAUUGGACUUGAAGUAUGCCGCUCGUCACUCCUCUAAUUCUCCGCACAAAACACCUUCACCGUCUGAAGACAUCAAAAUGUUAGAAAUUAGUAGUGCCGUUUAACUUCCUACCAACAAGCCAAGAAGAAAAUCGAGCAGUGAACAGUUAUACAUAUUUUACUAUGAGAUGACCUAUCAUAUGUGAGCUUUGUAGCAAAUUAGGCAAUUUUAUACAUUGCUGUGCUACUGCCAAAUAUUUCUGUAGUGUAACGAUUCCGCUUGCAACAUGCACAGUUCUUCCAAAUAUGAGAAUAGUGUGCCAAACAAAUUAAGUUUUUGUGCAGGGAAAAUUAGGCAUACUUGUUGUGAAUUUUAUGUUGUACCGUCCAAUGUUAGAACCUCCAUCCAUAAUUCAUCCUUCCUGGUUGUCAUUAAGAUGUUCAACAAUAAACAUCUUGCCAAACUAAACAAUCAUAAAUGAGUAGUUUGAAAUGAGAAUAAAUGUAAACAAACAAGAUAA